CAAUAAGAAAACAUGUUGAAUUGAUUAUUGUGUUGACAAAACCAAUCAAACUUUGCCACGCCUAACCCCAAUUACUAAAAAGGAUGAAAAGAAUAGGAAUAAUUUACAGUAGUUGAAGAACAAAAUCAGGUACCGAGCUGACCUGUCAUCCACAACCAUUACGAAUCCAGCCCAUCGCAAAAGGACAUGUGGGACUAUUUUAUUGCCCCCUUCAUAUCACAAAAAUGAAAAAUCUAUACUUUUCCUUCUAUAAAUCCCCCCACCCACCAACUCCAGCCUUCCAAUAUCCUAUCCUCAUCGCCACUUCAUUUCUCGAGGAUGAAGCCUACACACCUUCCCGGCGAUGGUCCUCAGACAACGGUCGGAGAGAGGCUCCGGCUGGCCUAUGAGGCGGCCGUCAUGGCCGUCGCCCGGAACUGGGCAGUGAAGGGUGGUGGUGUUCCAAUUCCUAAAGAAAUUGAGAGAAGAAAACACUGCUCAGCUGCCGACGACCCCAUUAGAACCAUGAUGUUCUUGGGGUCUUGGAACCAUACCUAGAUCAAUAACUUCCUUGAUAUUAUCAUAAAUCACUGGAUCUUCAAUCCUAAAGUAUUCAUAUCAAAAUUGUAAUCCUCUGUACUACUCCUCAUGUUCAGAUGAUUGUACCUGUGAAUCUGAAGGUAUAUAUAUAUUAAUAAAUGAAAGAUUUCUAUGAUUGAUGUCAAUUAUUUUUUUUAAUUUUUUUUUUCUGAAGUCUAUAAUUAUUAUAAUAGUGGGGAUAAAAAUCUUAUAUAUGGAAGCUUUUAAUUAAAAAUAGAAUUUAAAUUUUUAAUUUUUUUCUGUCAGAAUUAGAAUUUGAUCUCAUUAAUUUUAUUAUUAUUAUUUUAAAAUUUUCUGUGAAUUAUUGGGUAUUUUUAUUUUAUCAUAUGAAAAUUAAAAUUGUUAGAGGAAAAUUUUAAAAAAGCCACGUGUAAAGCUCACGUUGAUUGGUCACGGAGUUGUGUCCUACCUACUGGUGGGUGGUAGUGGACUGUCUGCGAUUCCCAAUCUACAGUCAGACCACAUAGUUCCACCCAAUCUCCAAUCUACCCUCUGUUCUGUCCGAUGGCGUCGCCGGACGGUCACAAGGCUUCAAUCAUCGACGGCAAAGCCAUCGCUCAGGCGAUCCGGUCGGAAAUCGCCGAAGAAGUCCGUCAUCUCUCCGAGAAGUACGGCAAGGUUCCGGGGCUGGCGGUGGUCAUCGUCGGCAACAGGAAGGAUUCGCAGAGCUACGUGAGUAUGAAGAGAAAGGCGUGUGCCGAAGUUGGUAUUAAGUCUUUUGAUGUUGACCUGCCGGAGCAAGUAUUGGAGUCUGAAUUGAUCGGCAAGGUCCAUGAGUUAAAUGCUCUUCCUGAUGUACACGGUAUACUGGUUCAGCUUCCAUUGCCUAAGCAUAUAAAUGAAGAGAAAGUAUUAAGUGAAAUUAGCCUUGAGAAGGAUGUUGAUGGUUUUCAUCCUCUGAACAUUGGCAAGCUUGCCAUGAAAGGGAGAGAACCUCUGUUCCUUCCUUGCACUCCUAAGGGUUGUCUUGAACUUCUAUCCAGGAGUGGUAUAAGUGUAAAGGGUAAGAAGGCAGUUGUUGUGGGUCGAAGUAAUAUAGUUGGAUUGCCGGUUGCACUACUACUUCUGAAAGCUGAUGCCACUGUUACUGUUGUUCAUUCACAUACUCAAGAUCCAGAGAGUAUCAUUCGAGAUGCAGACAUUGUUAUUGCUGCAGCAGGACAAGCAAUGAUGAUUAAGGGCAGCUGGAUCAAACCUGGUGCUGCUGUUAUUGAUGUGGGGACAAAUGCUGUUAAUGAUCCAAGCAAAAAGUCAGGUUAUAGGCUUGUAGGAGAUGUUGAUUUCCAGGAAGCAUGUAAGGUAGCUGGAUGGGUGACUCCUGUUCCGGGAGGUGUGGGUCCAAUGACCGUGGCAAUGCUGCUCAAGAAUACAUUGGAUGGUGCAAAGCGCGUGAUUGAACAGUAAACACCUUCUCUGUUCAGUUCCUAUUAGGACAUUUUGUCCACUGUGCAAUUGAUAAAAUUUUCCCUCUAGUAAUGCUAUUUGGAAGCACAUGAAACUAUAAUCUAAUAAUAAUAAAGCAGUUUAACAUUGAAUUUUA